AUGUUUCGCCAACUUCCCAUAGCAAUACUUGCAGAUAAUGCAAUCAAAGAUAAACAUGGCCGUAUAUUGAAUGGUAUGCGAACAGUUGUCGAAUGGGUAAAAAGUGGCCCAAGGCAACCUGGACAGAAUUUCGUUCGACGUGAUAGAUAUGCACGAAAUAUUUGCUAUAAUUGUAUGGAUCCAGGACAUCAUAGCUGGGAGUGUACAAAAGAUACAGGUUUGUCAAAACCACCGCCGAAACAAAGACGUUCUCGUUCAGGAUCAGGAUCGAGAAUGAGGAGAGAAAAACGGCGUUCGAUGUCAAAUAGUCGAUCACGCUCAAAUGACCGUCAAGUACGUCAGAAACGAAAACGGUCACAAAGCAACGAGCGUAUCCAUAACAUUAAUGUUGGCAAUAAUUAUGAACAACGUCAGAUGAGUCGCAGUCAUCGAAAUCAACAUAGUCCACCGCAGCCACAAAAUGCUCAUCGUGAGAGACAACAUGGGAUAACUACUAGAAGUAGACGACAAGAGCCGUUACGUACAACAGAAAAAAGCUCAUCAUCAAAACAUCGACAAAGUCAACGUUCAGUACAUCAUGCGAACGGUUACGAAUGA